AUGAAGCUGUCCGCUGCCCUCGCGCCUCUGCUGCUGGCGCCCCUCGCCGCCGCCGAACACACAUCCAACUGGGCCGUCCUCGUCGGCACGUCCCGCUUCUGGUUCAACUACAGACAUCUCGCCAAUGUGCUCUCGCUGUAUCGUACUGUGAAGCGUCUCGGAAUACCCGACUCGCAGAUCAUACUCAUGCUGCCCGACGACAUGGCCUGCAACCCCCGCAAUGCAUUCCCAGGAACCGUCUACAACAACGCCGACCGCGCGCUCGACCUGUACGGCGACAACAUCGAGGUCGACUACAGAGGAUACGAAGUCACGGUCGAGAACUUCAUACGACUCAUGACGGACAGAGUGUCGGAAGACAUGCCGCGGUCCAAGCGCUUGAUGACAGACGAGCGGAGCAACAUCUUGGUCUAUAUGACGGGCCACGGUGGAAACGAGUUCCUGAAGUUCCAAGACGCCGAAGAGAUAUCCGCCUACGAUCUCGCAGAUGCGUUUGGCCAGAUGUGGGAGAAGAAGCGCUACCACGAGAUGCUAUUCAUGAUCGACACUUGCCAGGCCAACACCAUGUACUCCAAGUUCUAUUCCCCGAACAUCCUCGCAACCGGAUCCUCCGAGAUCGACCAGUCCUCGUACUCCCACCACGCAGACAACGACGUGGGCGUUGCCGUCAUCGACCGGUACACAUAUUACAACCUCGAGUUUCUCGAGAGAAAUGUUCGCGAUCCAACCUCCAAGGUCACCAUGGGCGAACUCUUUGACAGUUACAACCCAGCCGACAUGCACUCCGACCCUGGCAUCCGGUACGAUUUAUUCGCUGGCGGCGAAGCUGGCGCCAGAUCAAGGUUGAUUAUGGACUUCUUCGGAAAUGUGCAGAAUGUGGAGAUUGACGCGGUGAGCCAAAAGAACGAGACGCAGUGGCGCGAGGAGCUGGAAGCUAUCGACAGGAUGAUCCUGGAGGCCAAGCGGAAACACAACGAGACUCUCAAGCUGCGACCGCAGGCGCAGCACAUAAUAGAAGAGGCAGUUGCAAUGGAGCAACAGCAGAGCACAAAGAAGCCUGGGGCUGUGAAGGUUGAUGCAGAGUCCGGAUGGUCGAAACAGAUCGUGGGGGCCGCAGCCUUGCUAGGAUUCGCCAGCGCCUGGGCCGCUGGAUCCUGGUUGGAGUCGCUUUGA